UUCAUAUUUGCCAAUCAUAAACCGUAGCAUCAAGAACUGACUUCAGAUGUGCUGAUGCAUUGAUCACUACAGGCCAAACUGCUAUCAUCCCCUGUGAAUUCCAGCAUACCACUUUGCAAUAAAAACAGUUAUUAAAUUCAUCAGCCAGUCAUCCAGUAUAAAAUAAGAGGUGAUAAUAUAUUACGUACUGUACAAUGUGUUAUUAAAAAACUAGCCCUAACCCUAACUUUUCCAGGAGCAAUGAGGUGGGUAUAAAAGGGAAUGUUCAAAACCAUGGAUGGAGAACUUAGAGAGGCCUUUCCUGUCCCUGAUUCUCAGCCUUAUUCCCCCACUUCUCAACUCUUUCUUACAAUCACACAACCAGGGGAGGAGAGGAGGUUUCAAUCUUCCUCCUCUUCCUGCAGCUCUCUGAGUUAUUUUGUGCAGAUAACCUGCAGAAAGGAAGAGGAAGUUCACAUUAACAUUAUAUUCUGCCACCACCAGUCAAACAUUCAUAUUAUAAGUUGCUCUGACCUUUCCAUACAAUUAGAUAACAAGGAGAAACUUUAAAUGGAUUUUCCUGUAUUUGUUCUGCCAUAAAAUCAGCUGCUUUUUUUAAACUCCCUUUAGGAUGCUACAAGUGGAAUAUGAGCAACUGAAGGAACAGCAUAUUCGAAGGGGAAUCAAUGCCCUAAAUUCACCACCGGACUCAGCUGUGUCACCUCAACACACAUCUGAAGAUGCUGAACUCAUUGCAGAGGCCAAACUCUUACGACAACACAAAGGACGUCUGGAAGCUAGAAUGCAAAUCUUGGAAGACCACAACAAGCAACUGGAAUCUCAGCUUCACCGGCUACGACAGCUGCUCGAACAGCCUGAAACAGAUUCCAGAGUUAAUGGAGGUUCUUCUAAUGCUUCACCUCAGCAAUCCACCCUUGGGUAUUCACCUGAUCAGGAUGUUAGUUCACAGUUUAAUCAGACAGGUGUAGAUGACUUGCUAGUCCCACCUCAUCAUACUAGCACAGAUUUAACGGAGGUCAUGGAACAAAUCAAUAGCACAUUUCCAGCUUGCCGCGCAAAUCUUGCUGGCAAAUCACAGGCGAUGUGAGCAUCUUCUUUGGAAGAUCACCUUCUCUUCCCAACAUCAGCUCAACCAGUGCCAAUCGCAAGUUCCAGUAAUCACAUGGCUGCAUGGGACCUUGUAACCUGCUGUUCAGCUCUGUGUGUUCUUAUUUCAAAUAAGGAAACACUUGAACUACCCAAAGAUGAGGAUGUUGUGUUUUAUAUUAUUGUGUGUGUUUUCCCCUUCUUCCCUCUCUAUGCAACUGUAAAUUAACAAACCGUGGAGUAUUUGGAAAUGGUUAUGCAUAUGUAAUUUGAUUUAUAUAAUUAUGCAGCAUCAGGAAAGGGGAUGGUAGGGAUUUAUAUCCAUUCUUUUUUUGAUAUUGCUAAAGUCAAUUGCCUUUAGAGUUUGGAGCAAAGAGUUACAUUUAUACAUUCCUUUGGGCUUUUUGCAUUUACCUUUUCAAGAACCUUCUUUUCUGACACGCUGUUUUUUCUGCAAAGGUUAUUUAUACUUAGCCUAAGAGUCUGAAAACACGGGCAAAAGAUCAACUUCUUAUAAGCUGCACAGUUAGUGUCUGACAAAUACCAUUUCUGGCUAUCUAUUAGGCAUGUGGGACUAUUUCGCCCCAGCUAACUUCAUUCAGCUACAGUAACUAUUGGCACUAAAAUAGCAUUUUUAAUGGAUUUAUUUCCCGCAUGGAAUGUGGACUGAUUUUUCUCCCCGAUUAUGUUCUGGUGUUCAUUGUGAGUUAGGCUGCAUUUUGCCUUUAUACAAUCAGUCUGAAUAUAUGCAGUUUUUAUUUUCUGUGGAGAAGACUUUAUCAUCUUACUGUGCCAAAUUUUAUGUAUAUCAGCCCGUUCAAAGUAUAAAAUCUACUCCUGAAAUUAUUGUAAUUUGGAAACCUAAAUAAACAAAAGAGCUCGGACCACUUCAGUUGCUCUGCCUUUAUGCCAGACAGAUUGGCUGGGUACUCUUAAUCAAUAGCACUGUGUACAUUUUUAAAAUGAUUCCCUUACAGUCAGCGUUUCAAGGUAGCGCCAGCUGGGGAGAAGUUCAGUCACUUUUUAUAAUGAGUAGCUGGGCUUUGUUCCUUCCCCGUUAGGCGUGUGGUUUUGCAUGGCCAUUUGCUCUCAUUAUACAAUACUUGUUCUUUCCAUACGUUGCAUGUGUGCAAUAAUCAUAUUUAAAGGACCGAAAUGGUGUUGGAGAAAUUCCACUGUUGAGUGUAAUUAAUGGGUCUGUCCAAUAUUUUAUGCUGGGUUAUCCCUUACCAGGUGAGUCCUAGCAGAGUUUGCGGUAUCCAACAUGACAUUGCAGCAGGCGCUCGAAUCUCGGGGUGAUGCUGAGAGUGGGGUUUUCUCAUUGCUCAUCUCCAGUAUGGAGGUGGUAAUAGUAGUAACUAUGCUUAGAGGUAUUAUGAGGGUCAAAUUAGGUAAUAUAUGUUGUAUAAUCAAAUGAUUCAAAGUGCUAUCUAAAAGAAAAGUAUUAUUUUUUUCAGCAGUGGGGAGGGGGGUUGCCCAGAAUAGGAAACAGAUUGCAGGUUAAUAUGUGGAUUUUUCAUCUAGAAAGAAAUAUAUUUUGGUAUAGAUAUUUUGAGAAGGAAAAGAAGUUUUGGAGAAAAGGAGAGCCAUGACCACCUUUCUACCUCAAACCAAUUUCCUUUUUUUCUUUUCCUUUCUUUUUUAGUAUUUAGCUUUGGAAACAGUUCAGAGUUCUGAUAUUUGUGAGUAUUUUCAUUUAUCAGAUAGUAUCAAGCCAAAGGGGGGGAAAACCCAACCUAGAGCCUCCUUUAAAAGUACUUUAGCAGAAAAAAAAUCCCAAUAAUGGAUAGGAUGGAUCUUUUGUUUUUAUGGAAAGGAUAUGUAUAAAUUGUUUUUCAGCCUGUGUUUGUAUGCAAAUUCUGUCCUUUACUCUGCUGUCAAGUAAAAAUGACUUACAAUAUUACAUUGUAAUACUCUUCCUCUGAUAACACUGAUAAAUAAAAGGAAUACGUUGUGGUAACAUCUCAGAAAAAAAAAGUAGUUCUUUUCCAUUUUGUGGUUUUAAAUUAUUGCAUUUCCCUUUUCUAAUCUGAUUAUAUAAUAUGAUUUUCACUCUCUGAAUAAAAUUAAUUUU